AUGGCUGAAGCAGAGGAGAAAGGCAGUUCGGCAUGGUAUAAGGUGCCGACCUGGGACGGGAACCCCGCUGGAUUCAGAGCUUUCAAACGAGAGAUGGAAUGGUGGCAAGCUUCAAUGGACCCUAGCACAUGUCUCAAAUACAAUGUUGCAGCACGUUGGACAUUGCGACAGACAGGUGUUGUCAGGGCCAGCUGUGAAGAGUUCACCCCAGCGGAAUUGGCUGGAACUCCUGAAGUGCGUGGGGAAGAUCCCGAUACAAAAGAGGAAAUUGUUUUGGAACCUGCAGACCCUUGGGCAGGCAUUCGAAAGCUGAUGACGGCUUUGGAGGAGUCCAUGGGGCGCACGAUGCUGGACCGGAAGGGAGAACUUCGAAAGCAGUUUUACACUGAUUUGAGGCGGCUUCCGGGGGAAAGGAUAAGUGCUUUCUGUUCAAGGUUUCGAACAUUGACCUCAGAGAUGAAGCGAGAGGGCAUUACAUUGCAUUCAGACGAGCUGGGCUGGUUUUUGCGGAAUCGAAUGGGUUUGGACGCCAUUCGAAUUCAGCUGUUAGACACAGCCUUGAGAGGCCGAGAGGCCUAUGAGGAGGUAGAACAAGAGGCUCUCCGGCUCUUUCGCGACCUUCACAGUGAGGACCCGUUGCAUAAGAAGACUGCAUUGGAUCGUUCACCUUUGUUGGGCCGUUUUUUGAGCCAGUCGUCACAGUCAGGGGCCUCUACACACCAGACUUCGCUGCCAUCUCAGGCAGGCUCUACAUUUGGUGGCAACAAGUCGUACAGAUCCUCAUUUUCCAGUGGGUCUCAACGAAGUUUCAAACCUGCUCCCAAGGUUCCUCAGAGAUCAGCGUUGGUUGCAGAAGGUCCCAAUGAGGACGAGGAGGCCGAGGACGACGAGGAGGAGCUUGUGCCAGAUCAAGAUGAACCUGGCAAAAGCUUGGAAGAAGUGUUGCAAUCCGAGGCUGAAGUCCUAGCUGCCGAAUUGGAAGAGCUUGAACAAGAAGGAGUGUCCCCCGAUGUGAUCGAGGGAUUGGAGUCUGGAGUUGAGCAAGCAGCAGAGUCUCUCGUGACUAUGCGGGAGGCGAGGAGCAAGAUCGCAGAGAUCAAGAAGGACAGAGGUUAUGGCAGAGCUUCUGGAUCGGCGUCGGCUGUUGCUAGUGCCAAGUCCCGCAUGACGGGAAACCAGGCCAUCAGGAAGCUGGUGGCAGAACAGACCGAAGAGGAGACUUUCAGGACACUUUGCAUUGCGGCUCAUCCCAAAGACGUGGCCGGAACCAGAUCCAUCAUGGAGGACGGCAAGGCCACGGGAACGUGGCGAAGAAUGGUCGUGCGGCUAAGAGUAAGACUCCUCUGGCACGUGCAAGGCAUUGCCUUGUGGCUUUGUCGGCGGCCCUGGCUGCGAUACUUGCCACUACCCUACCCGUCCAUCAGUCUCGGACGGCAGUGGCAAUUGCAAGCGCAGCAAAUGGUGACGAAUGGAGCACUCCCUCAAAAGCAUUUCCAAAAGGCUCUUCAUGCCGAGGCCUUCACUGCCAGCAACUUGAAGGAUUGCAUGUGGCUGAGGGACAGGCUCGGUUGGAAGCUGGCGUUCACCGAAGAUCCCAUGCUUUUGGGCAUGCUUGCAGCCAAGAGCUCAAAGGGGAUGGCCAGCCGCAUCCGCCAAGAAGCAAUUGCGGAAUCCAAGAUUGCCGCCAAGAAGGCCGUGGAGGCAGGCAAACAGCUGGAGGCAGUCCGUUCAUUGAUCGGACCAAAAGGAGGGCUACCGGCUCUGAAGGCCGAUUUAUUGAAGUUGGCAGCCUUGGUGGAAGUGCAGGUGCACGACAAGAUCACGGUCGAAGAAUUGAAGCAGAAGAUCAAACCCGUGGUUCAGGACAUCGUGGCAAAAGCACCUAUGCCAGCAAAGUCCAGCGGUGGGGCCAGUUCUCACCAAGAACCACCGUUGCAUUUGACCGCCAAAUCCAAAGCCAGUGCACCAGUCACCCCAUCCGUGGCACCAGGCACUCCAUCGACCAGCGUUGGGACCACCACCCAACCACCAGGCCUCAAGAUCCAGGACAUCCACGACCUGAUGGCGCAGCAGGACAAGAAGUACCAAGCGAUGUUGCACCAAGUGAUGCAGCAUAUGAUGUCCUUGCAACAAGGCACGCAGGCCAAUCCGAUGAGCCCGGCCUUCAUGACGGAGGGCCCAAUGAGUUACGACCUCACAGCCUCCGACAGCGACACGGCCAUGGGACAGGUGGGGGAACAUGGUUGGACGAUGGAGGAGGUUCAAAGAGCAAAAGCCUUCGAGGUAGGGGACUUCGACCAGAUGACCGAGCAGGAGAAAAUCGACUUCAAUCUCCAACAAGUCGGUUGGAUCCAGCAGGACGAACAGGACCUGCUGAAGGGGCCGAGCGCCAAAGGAUUCCUGCACAAGAAGCCAACGCGAGUGGCCACGAGUUCAACAUGUGUGGCCGAUGAACUACGUGGGAUGGUAUGCACCAAAGACCAUCCACAUCAGCCAGUGCUCGGUGGAAGCGCCGUCACCGCACCAGCUGGACACUACCCAGUUCAGCUGGCCAGAACCAUGGUCAAAGGAUUGGAGAAACAGUUCCACGCCGAAUACGGCAAAUGUAAAGAAGUGAUGGCCGUAGAUGGAGAAGAAGUCGAGGCCGAUGAUGAAGGAGCGGCUGAGACUAUGAAUCCAUUUGAUUCGGAGUCCGACAUUUCAUCCCUGGGCGAGGAGGAAGACCCGUCCACAAGGAUCUCGGCAGCGACAAGACUUGCUGUGAAGAGGCUCCAUGAAAACACGGGCCAUCGUUCCUAUCGCCGGCUGGCGAGAGCAUUGGUGCUGUCAGGAGCACCAAAGGAGGUGGUUCAGGCAGCCAAGCAAUUGAAGUGCAGUUUGUGCGAAGAAAAGAAAAGGCCGAAGAGCCGUCGUCCAAGCACGCUGCCAAGUCCAAAGGAUGUGUCAGACCAGGUCCACAUCGAUGUUUUUGAGUCCGCAGAUAUCACUGAGAACAAGUUCUACAUCAUCCAUUGCAUCGACUGGGUGUCCCGCUUCCAAAUGGCGGAGGCAAUGCCCGGAAAGGACUCAGAGAGCAUCUGCGAGAUGAACACCGCACUACAAGAGUGCGUCCUCGCUUACAAUGGCGAUAUCACAGAGGCACCCCCAACACCUGGACGUCAGCAGUUGCCAACAGUUCCAGAACAAGAUCCUGCCUUGCCACCAGUGGGCCCUAUGGAGUUCAUUUCUGCAGUUUCUGGCGAACCAGAGUUGCCAGGGAGUGGGUCAUUGAGCCGACGGGCAUCAGCCAUGUCGUCAUUGGGACGGUCGUCUGUGGCAUCAGGCAGUGCUGCACCAGGCACUCCAGUGCCUGCACUCAUCCGACAGGCCAGUCAGGCAGCACCGGCACCUCAGACACCACCUUUGAGCUCGCGCUUAGAGUCGUCGAUAGAGGAUGUCAGGGAGUUGGAGGAGGAAGCGGCAUCAAAGAAGAGAACAGCCGAGCUGGACACAGAGGAGUUGCGAGAUGCAGCCGCAGCCCCAAGUGAAGAGGCUCAUUCAGUUAUGAUGACAACUGCAGUCGUCCAGAAUGUCUUGAAAACAAAGAAUGCCCUACUUGCAAAGUAUGCCAAGAAUCCUGAGAAUGCACAGGUUCCAUCGAAUGUCACCGCCUUCAAGGAAGACACUUUUGAAGAAGAUUUCAUGAAAGCUGCUAUCCAUCCACUCCGCUUCAUCAAGGAGCAAGUUGAAAGGGAUCGAGACGAUCCGAACUUCACGGAAGUGGUCGACCACGGCAGUUGGUCUGGAAAGUGGCCUCUCCCUUCAAGAACAAGCUGGCUUGCUCAUGAGACCAGUUGCACUUUGCGGCCCACCGGAGAGCAGGAAGUCAACGAAGCCAAGACGGCUCGCCGAGAGAUCAAGUGGAAGACUAUACCCCUGCGUGAGAGAGAGGAAUACCGCAAGGCAGCUGAGGCAGGUUGGAAAGUGCAGACUGACAAUUUCGCCUUCGAGCCCCUGACAGAGGAAGAAUCCAAAAGGGUCAAAGAUCGGCUGAGGGCCAAUGGCCAGUUGAACAAAAUCCUGCACCCUAGGUUCAUCUACACCGACAAGAAUGACGGCAAAAGGUCAGCCUCCUCGCCAAUGCCACUUUUGGCGAAUGCCCGUCUUGUCAUUCCGGGGUACCAGGAUGAGACGGCCUACAAUGUCAGGAAAGAUGCACCAACCAGUGCAAGAAGCAGUCAACACAUAUUGUUCACCAUGGCUGCUAGCUAUGAAUGGACAUUGUGGUCUGCAGACAUCAAGUCAGCAUUUCUCAAAGGUGAUUUAUUUGAAGAUGGUGAACGUGAAUUGUACAUCACCAACAUCCGAGUCCAGUCGGAAGACGAGCCCACGCUCCCCUUUGGCAGAGACAGCCUGGCGAAGGUUCGCAAGGGAGUUUUCGGCCUGGCAGACAGUCCUCGUAGAUGGUAUCUCAGGCUCCAUCGUUCAGUCACACAGCUGGGAUGGAGGAGGAGCCAGAUGGAUGCAGCACAAUGGUUUUUGUAUGAUGACAAGAAUCAGUUGCAAGGUGUCCUGGUUAGCCACGUGGACGAUUUGCUCAUGGCGGGGUCCAGCUAUGCCAAACGGACAUUGGACAAGUUGGGUUCAGAGCUCGGUUUCGGGUCAUUGGAAACCGGUUGUUUCAACUAUUGUGGCAAACAAAUCAAACAGUUGCCGGACAAGACAGUUGAAGUCAGCAUGCAAGCAUAUCAUGAGAACUUGCAGCCAGUGCCGGUGCCUGUAGUGCGCAAGAAGCAAUUGGAAAGCCCAUUGACACCCACCGAACACCGCCAACUCCGAGCAGUACUCGGAAGCUUGCAGUGGUUGGUCACACAAGUGAGGUUCGACAUGAACUUCAUGUUGUCAGUGCUCCAGGGGGAGCCCCCUGUAGUAAAGACCCUGCUCAAAGCGAACGCCUUGGUUCGCCUCAUGAAGAAGGAUUCCGGAUUCAAACUCCGUUUCCCUAAGCUGGAUUUGAACGGAGCUGGAAUUGUUGUCGUUACAGACGCUUCUCUGGGGAAUGUUUCCAGGAGCGGUGGAGCAGAGGGCACUAUGAUGACCAAGACAUUCAGUCAAGCUGCAUAUUUGGUGAUGAUUGGUGAUCGUGAUCUCCUCGCAGGACGAGAAGGACAGUUCACUGUGAUGGACGCCCGGAGUCACAGGCUCACGAGGGUGUGCCGAAGCACAUACGGAGCUGAGCUCCUCGGCUCAGAAGAAGCCCUAGAUGUCGGCCUGUUAAGCAGAGGCCUGCUAGCAGAAGCAAUGGGUUUCGAUGUCCUCGAUAGAAGCGAGUCCUACAACAAGGACAUCCCACUGGCAAUGAUCACGGACGCGAAAGACGUCUUCGACAAGAGCACCAGUGACACACCGACCUAUGGGUCGCAGAAGUCAUUGAGCUUCACAGUUGGAUGGCUCCGAGAGGCCUUGCGAAAAGAGAGGACCAGUGUGCAGUGGACGGCAACCGAGAACAUGAUCAUCGAUUGCGGCACAAAAGAGAUGGUCUACUUUGAUGUGAAGAUUGGUGAUGAUGCUGACACGAAGCGCAUUACCAUUGGCCUGUUUGGAAAGGACGUGCCCAAGACUGUCAUGAACUUCGCCCACUUGUGCACCGGCGACAAGGGCAAGGCCUCCACUGGGGUACCUCUUCACUACAAGGGCUCGAAGUUCCACCGCAUCAUCCCGAAUUUCAUGAUCCAGGGCGGCGACUUCACCCGGGGCGACGGCACGGGCGGCGAGAGCAUUUACGGCGCCAAGUUUAACGAUGAGAACUUCAAGCUCAAGCACACUGGACCUGGUAUCCUGAGCAUGGCCAACGCGGGGCCCAACACCAACGGCUCCCAGUUCUUCAUCACCACUGUGAAGACUCAAUGGUUGGAUGGGCGACACGUCGUUUUUGGAAAGGUGGUUGAAGGAAUGGAUGUGGUGCAGCAGGUUGAGGCUGUGGGAUCCCAAAGCGGUACUCCGUCCAAGAAGGUGGAGAUCGUGGACAGUGGCCUCUUGGAGGGCACCCUGGAAAGCUGAGCCAAUUGAGUUCAACAGGGCCCUGGCGUAUUUUUCGCCAUUUUGGAGGCCCCUGGUCGGUCAGCCGUUUGGCGGCAAAGCGGCGCAACGCGGCUGUCGCGGCGGGUUAGUGAAGUGGACGUGAAGCCGUUAGACUCUUGAGCAGGCACAUGUCCUGUGGAUCUCUUGUUCAGGGUAUGGCGGUCGGUUCCGAACUGAGGGAAUGCCGACUGAUCAUGCCAGAGACUGCCUCCGGACCAAGGGGGCAAAUGCCAAAACAUGCGUGAGGCAAUCAAUUCAGUUGGUACUUUUUUUUGCUCAUUGAGAUGUUGACACAGAGGUUGCUGUCGUCCUCGUUUCAGUGGCCUUGACUUGACGGCUCAAGCUACCGAGAUCGCCAGCUUCGCAACUUGCGGUCUUUGGAGAAGCAGUUGCUGCGCUUAGGUGAGGAUGAGUUGCGUUGCGGUGGAAGAUCGAGCUUUUAGGAAGCUGAAACGGCUUUCAGCUCAGCUUAUGUGCUUAGACUUUCCCAAGACUCGUGAGUGACGAAGUUGGCAUGCCUUUGGAAGUGCCAAGUGUCCUGCCCGUUUUGUCCUUUUGAUGUAUGAGGGAAGAACUAUUUCAGAACUGGGAGAAUCGUGUGAGCCAUGUUACUGCUGGGCCCAGCACCACGGGACAGAAGGGCAGAAGGUCCAGUGCCUGAUGAAUCCAAUAAAGGUUGUCGGGUAUGUUGCGCUUGAAUUGAGAAAGAGGUGGUGAAAAACACAUGGGACAACGAAAUGGCAGUGGACUGUUGCUUGAAGGCCAAAUCGCAGGUAGAGUGACAGGAGAGCCUUCAAAGAUGCAACAAAUGGUGCGACGGCUUUCAGCACUGGUCGUGACGAUGCGGUUUGCCCCGUGUGGGGAAGGUUCGUUCGCUUGCUUUAGGCUAGGCCGACAAAGGUAAAGUGAAAGAUUGGGCAUUUGGCAAGUGUCAAUGGCCCAAGUAGUUUGUCUGAAUCCAACCUUCAUUGAAUUGUUUUGAAUGACUUUAAAAUUAGAAGUAACAAGUGUACAGCAAGUUGAACCGCGCAAAACGCACGGCUGUGCUUGUUAAAGUGCGAGCAUGACAGCCAAGAUCAACAGAAGAGCAGCAUGAUUGCUAAAAGAGUUUGCAUUCCUGUGAAACCUUGGGCCACUUCACAUGCCAGGCCCGCGCAUGAACAAGUUUUCAUGUCUGGUGCUCGUAAUACUCAUAGUGCUUAUUCGGCUCGGUAGCUUUGAGCCACUUGUGAUGUUGCACAGCACCAAAGACAGAAGUUGG